AUGGAACCUUCCAUUGCGGCAAAAGCAGCCCAUGUUGUUCAGCAGGCAAAUGAAAGAUUGAAGAGAGAACGUCAGGAGACACAGGCUACUGCAGAGUGGGAGACACAUUCGAAAAAGAGAAGCAUACUGGAUGAACAUGGAAACUUGGCAUAUCAAACGGCCAUGGGAACUGGUCAUGUUGGCACAGGAAGUGUAUCUGGAGAUGGGGUCUACGGUUUUCGUGGUAUAAAUAAUAAGCCUAACAGCACUAGAGAGUUGACACCGUUUGAGAUCCGAAACAUGUUGAUGGAGAAGGCUCGGACAGAGAUCUGCAAGAAGUUGACUCAAUGGAGAUCAGAAAAUGCAGCUGCAGAGACGGAGAAAAAGAAGGCGAAAGAGAGCAAGAAAGAAAAAGAAAAACGUUCCCUAAAAGGUCCUGCACAUGAUCCGAAUGGGACUGGCGUGUCUUUUGCUACCAAGACAGGAGACCAAGCCAAUAAGAGUGUCCAUAGAGCUACUGCUGAUGGUAAAAAUACAGAGGACCUUGCACCAGUGUCAAUGAAUGUUCCAGAUCCCGAUUUUCAUGAUUUUGACCUGGAUCGGACUGAAAGUUCUUUUGAAGAUAACCAGGUUUGGGCUGCAUAUGAUGAUGAUGAUGGCAUGCCGCGUUUCUAUGCUAUGGUUCAUAACGUUAUAUCUAGGAAACCAUUUAAGAUGAGAAUCAGUUGGCUUAAUUCAAAAACCAACAGUGAAUUUGGUCCAGCAGAUUGGGUAGGUUCUGGUUUCUAUAAAACCUGUGGGGAAUUCAGGGUUGGUAAACAUGAAAUUUAUAUGUCUUUAAAUUGUUUCUCGCAAAGGGUUAAAUGGACAAAAGGUGCUCGAGGGACUGUUCACAUAUAUCCCCAAAAGGGGGAUGUGUGGGCUCUCUAUCGGAAUUGGUCCCGUGAUUGGAAUGAGCGUACCCCAGAUGAAGUGAUACACAAGUAUGACAUGGUGGAAGUGCUUGAUGACUACCAAGAGGAACAAGGUGUUUCUGUUACUCCUCUUAUAAAGGUUGCUGGAUACAGGACAGUAUUUCAUCCGGAUCUGGACCCUGAUAAAGCAAGGAGAAUUCCAAAAGAAGAAAUGUUCCGAUUCUCACACAUCAGAUGUGAGAAUCGGAACAUUUCUUCUUUGGAAUUCUCCUUGCUUUAUCAGGGUCCAGAUCCGGAUGAAAUACUGUCCUGUAUCCAGCAACCUUUAUAA